GGAAGCGGAAGUUGCCGGCAAGAUGGCGGCUGUUGAAGAGGAGGAGGAAGCGGCCCCUUGCCGCGGCCGGAGGAUGAAGGCGGCGGCGUGGGUCCUUCGCGGGAUGGUCUUGUGCGCCCUGGCGCCGGGUUCAGGGUGGUGUAACUCCGUGGAGAAGAAAAUCUAUAUCCCGCUGAACAGAACAGCCACCUGUGUCCGUCUCCUGAAUGCCACCCAUCAAAUAGGCUGCCAGUCCUCUCUGAAUGGAGAUACCGGAGUAAUUCAUGUAGCAGAGGAGGAGUCGGAUCUGAACUGGGUGCUGUCAGAUGGGCCACAUCCCCCUUACAUGGUACUGCUAGAUACAAAGCUUUUCACAGGAAGAGUGAUGGAGAAGCUGAAGGGCACCUCUCGGAUCGCAGGGCUGGCGGUGGCUCUCUCCAAGACCAGGCCCCCUGAAGGCUUUUCUCCCGGCUUGCAGUGUCCCAAUGAUGGCUUUGGCGUCUACAACAGCAGCUACGGCCCUGAAUACGCCCAUUGCAACAUGACCAAGUGGAAUUAUCUUGGGAACAGCCUCUCCUACCUGGACUUUGGCUUCCCUAUCUUCCUUCUUCAAGAUGAAACUGAAACUGAGGUUAUUAAGCAGUGCUAUCAGAAGUACAACACCCCCCUCAACGGCUCUGACCCCGAAUACCCCCUCUGUGCCAUGCAGCUCUCCUCCCACAUGCACGCGGUGACCAGCACCGUCACUUGCAUGAGACGCAGCACCAUUCAGAGCACCUUCAGCCUCAACCCAGAAGUCGUCUGCGAUCCUCUUGCUGAUUAUAACGUGUGGAGUACGGUGCGGCCGGUCAAUGAUUCGGAGAAGCUGGAUCCUAAAAGUGUCGUCAUUGCUUCCUCUCGAAUUGACAGUCACUCUUUUUUCUGGAACGUGGCCCCCGGGGCCGAGAGCGCAGUCGCUUCCUUUGUCACCCUCUUAGCCGCAGCUGAAGCCAUCCAUAAAAUCUCUGAUGUUCAGUCGCUCCCCAAAAACAUCAUGUUUGUCUUCUUCCAGGGGGAGACCUUUGACUACAUUGGCAGCUCCCGCAUGGUGUACGAUAUGCAGAAUGACAGAUUCCCCAUCAAGCUGGAAAACGUCGAUUCCUUCCUGGAGCUCAGCCAGGUGGCACUCCAGAGUAACGCCUCUCUGUGGAUGCACACCGAUCCUGUCUCUCGGAAGAACCACGAGAUUGAGCAAAGCGUCCAGAGGAUCGUGGAGACCUUGAACAAGAGCAGCAAAAACACCACAGUGGUGAUGAGUGAGAUCGGGGUCACCCAGCCGCUCCCACCAUGCUCAUUCCAGCGAUUCCUGAGGGCCUGGCAGAUUCCCGGGGUAGUCCUGGCGGACCACUAUUCCCAAUUUGAGAACAGGUACUACCAGAGCGUCUACGACACGUCCGAGAACAUCCGGCUGAAGUAUCCCGAGGGGCUGAGCCCAGAGGAGGCCCUGAAUUAUGUGACGGAAACAUCUAAGAGCUUAGCUGCCAUAGCCACCGUGGUGGCCCGCACGCUCUACACACUUGCAGGAGGAAAGGGCGACCCCUUGCCAAUUCAGGCGGAUCCGCUCACGGUCACCCGCAUGCUGUAUGGUUUCCUGAUCCAGUCCAACAACUCCUGGUUCCAGUCCAUCACUAAGCCAGAUUUCAAAGGGCCUCUGGGUGACGAGCCCCUCCAGUACUACAUUGCUGUGUCUAGUCCUGUCAACUCCACCAGUCUGGUUCAGUAUGUCUUGGCCAACCUCACAGGUACCCGCCUUAGAGACAACACCACCAAGGACCAUUGCAAAGCUUCCAAGGAAGAUUUGUAUGACUACAUGUGGGUGCAGGGCUCUCCGUACCCCAAUUCCACCUCUCCCCGCAAGCCGUUCUGCGUCAGGUCGACUGUCCGCCGCACGCCGGCGUCCUCCCCGGCUUUUGAGCUCAAACAGUGGGGAUCCACCGAGUUUUCCACGUGGACUGAGAGUCGCUGGAAAGAGCUUCAUGGCCGGAUCUUCCUGGUCGCCAGCAGGGAGCUUGAGAUCAUCACCCUGGUUGUGGGCAUCAUUAUCCUCAUUGUCUCGUUCGUUGCCACCUACUUCAUCAACGCCAAAGCCCGCGUGCUGUUUUCCACGUCGGGGGACUCUGAAACGGUGGCUUAUUGAGAAUGGGCUUUGGUAACUCUAGCACUAAGAACCAGGCAAGAAAGAAAGCGAAUGAAUUUGGCACUGCUGGACCCUUUCCUUGAUUACUCUGGAGCGUGGACCUGAAAGGAACGUGUUGAUCGCCCCCCACCCCCACCCCCCGUUGAGAGGAGCGUUGCGUGUGUACCGAAAGGCAGUGCUGGCGUGCACGGAUGGAUUUGGGAGGAGGGCCUGGUCGGGUCUCUCGGACCCUCCUUUUUCACAGCAGCCCAGAUCAAAUGAGGCGCGUAGCACGUGGGUCUUGGCACACUCUUGUGAGCGGUUAAGCAUUGGCUACCAAGAAGACUUUCUGCAGAGCAUUUGUGGAUCUUCAAUCUUUUAGUUCUUUUUUUUUUUUUUUUUUUUGAAGAUCCAGAUGAAUUGCUAGAAUCUUUUGAUUUACGUACAUCAAGGUGAAAAAACAAGGGAUGCAGCAAAGUUGGAAAGGGGAAAUGGGUGUAAACUAUCCUUUUUUUUAAAAAAAUGGGUUCUUUUUUUGUACAUAUGAUAUAAAUAGCUUGUUUUAAUUAAAAACAACUGGCCCCCUUACUUACAGAUUAAAUUUGUUGAUCCCA